AUGACGGUGAUGUUUCAUAUUUUACGAUAUUUAAUAAUUUGUGUUAGUUUUCUAGCAAUAUACGACGCAAAUUCAGUGAUAAAGAAUGAUGAUUCUGAAAUAUCGGAAAUAACGUCAUUAAUAAUGCUCAGUUGUUUCGAAUUGAUGUUGGUUGGAAAAUUCAUAUCGACCAUAUGUCGCUUAUUUUUCGAUAAUCAACUUUCAACUGUAUUAACUAAACUUGAAACAAUUCACGAAAAAUUAAUACAACUUAAUGUGAUUGAAUGGUUGAUCUCAAAUAUAUGUCCAUUUGUUGCACUUUUUGAAUACAUACUACUAAUAUUGUACAUAAAGUGGUUGGUGAACAAGAUAAAUGGACAUAUCUUGGAAGGAUAUUCAAAAAUAAGUACACUCAGAGAUAUGUAUUUGGAUGUUGUAGAGUGUUUAAACAAUGCCAAUAGAUCAAUAUACGGUUUAUCAGGCACAGUGGGUCUUAUCGGGACAAAUGUCGUUCAAAUCCUUAAGACACUUUAUCGUAGCCUAUUUUUUCCAACAGAAAAUUUAGAUGAUGUUGAUAUUAUAACUUCUUUAAUAGAAUUAUCAAUAAAAAUAAUCAAUAUCAUACUAUUAUACAAAAUUGGACAUAUCACGGAAAAAGAGAUUAAUCGGAUGAGUCUUGUAUUACAUAAACGGUCCGUAAUUGAAAGAAACCCUAGAAUAAAACGUCAGAUCAAGUUUUUUAUACUACGAAGGUUGCACGAACAUUAUCGUUUUGAGAUGUAUGGAAUAUGGCAGAUUAAUUUAAGACAACUACUUAUUUUAUCAAAUAAAGUAUGUGUUUACUUAAUUAUUCAAAUACUUUUCAAAUUA